AAAGUCUCUUAGUCAUUCUCCUCAAUGUUAACGUAACUACUCAAUUAGCCUUUUAUUCUUCUUUCUCAACCAAGCCACACGUUUAUGUACUCACCCAACUUUCUCCACCUUACAUUCAAUUCUAUUUAUAUCACACACCUUCCCUUCAUCCUUUUACACCAAUCUCUUUCUUCUCUAACUCAUAAAUUUUCUUCUUUUCAACCUUUUUUCUCUUCAUAACCAAAAAAAAUAAUUAAAAAUGGUGAGUGUAGCUACUGUUGAAGCCCAAAAGGUAGAGAUAUCAUCUUCUGUAAUUCCUUCAAAUCAAAAUCAACCAUCUGAAGAGCUACAUGUAUUUAGAUCAAAAUUACCAGAUAUACAAAUUUCUAACAACAUCCCACUUCACGUCUAUUUGUUCGAAAGGCUAUCGGAGUUUGAAGAAAGGACAUGUCUUAUAGCAGGAAACAGUGGAGAAACUUUCACUUUUGCUGAAACUCAUCUCAUCUGCCAGAAAAUUGCUGCUGGUUUAACAAACGUAGGCAUCAAAAAGGGAGAUGUUAUCAUGACUUUUCUUCAGAACUGUUCGGAAUUCGUGUUUACUUUUCUUGCAUCUUCUAUGAUUGGAGCUGUUAUCACUACGGCGAAUCCGUUUUACACAAAAUCAGAGGCUUUUAAACAACUAAAAGCCUCUAAUGCGAAAUUAAUAGUUACUCAAUCGCAGUAUGUGGAUAAAUUCCGCGAUCCUGCGGAGAAUGAUCCGAAAAUCGGAGAAGAUUUUUCGGUUGUCACAAUUGAUGAUCCGCCAGAGAAUUGCUUGCAUUUCUCUGUACUAUCGGAAGCUAAAGUAGAGGAUAUGCCAAAAGGAGUUGUUAUCCAACCUGACGACCCUGUGGCUCUGCCGUUUUCGUCAGGGACCACGGGGUUGCCAAAAGGAGUGAUAUUGACUCAUAAAAGUUUGAUCACAGGGGUUGCUCAAUUAGUCGAUGGCGACAACCCAAAUCUUUUCUUGAAGCACAACGACGUGGUGUUGUGUGUGCUUCCUUUGUUUCAUAUAUUCGCGUUGAAUUCGGUGCUUUUAGUAUCGUUAAGAGCCGGGGCUAGUGUUCUGUUGAUGCAAAAAUUCGAGAUAGGUGCGCUGUUGGAGCUGAUACAAAAGCACCGUGUGUCAAUAGCUGCUGUAGUUCCGCCCCUGGUUCUUGCAUUGGCGAAAAAUCCAAUGGUCGAUUCGUUCGAUUUGAGCUCGAUACGGCUCGUGAUGUCCGGGGCCGCGCCACUGGGGAAAGAGCUGGAGGAAGCACUCCAUAAAAGAGUUCCGCAAGCCAUAUUCGGACAGGGAUAUGGUAUGACAGAGGCAGGACCAGUAGUAACAAUGUGUCCAGCAUUUGCAAAACAGCCAUUUUCAACCAAAUCCGGUUCAUGUGGCUCUGUGGUUCGAAAUGCGGACCUCAAGGUGGUUGACCUGGAAACCGGUGGCUCCCUUGACCGCAACCAACCCGGUGAAAUUUGUAUCCGCGGUUCUCAAAUCAUGAAAGGUUAUCUGAAUGAUGAUGAGGCCACUGCACGGACCAUUGAUGUCGAUGGAUGGCUCCACACCGGCGAUGUAGGAUAUGUUGAUGACGAUGAUGAAAUAUACAUCGUCGAUAGAGUCAAAGAGCUCAUCAAGUUCAAAGGUUUUCAGGUGCCACCAGCUGAGCUUGAGUCUCUUCUAGUAAGCCAUCCAGAUAUUGCAGAUGCUGCUGUUGUGCCGCAAAAGGAUGAUGCUGCAGGGGAAGUUCCGGUUGCAUUUGUAGUCCGUUCGGGCCAAGGAUUUGAUCUUACUGAAGAAGCUAUAAAGGAAUUUAUUGCUAAACAGGUGGUAUUUUAUAAAAAAUUACACAAGGUAUAUUUUAUUCACGCCAUUCCAAAGUCUCCAUCUGGAAAGAUACUGAGGAAAGAAUUAAGAGCCAAAUUAGCUAGCCGCGACACCAUAGUGAUAUGAUAAUGCACUCCUCAAAAAGCUGUCCUCUCAAAGUCCAUACGUGUAUCGAAGAGAUCAGACUUUGGGAAGGAAUCACUGCUAGAAGGCUUAACAAUUAUGUAUCAAGCCUCAUAUAUCCAAUGAUUAAAUAUGUGAAUGUUGUUCCAAUUUUUGUGUGAAGUCUUUGGAUUCUUUGAAAGGAAAACUUUCUAUUUUAUAAAUUCACGCACCAUAAUUUGUUACCCUA